AGACCCAACGUCCCUACUUAACGAACCAAGCACCUACUGAUACCAACAGAUACUGUCUAUUGUUUUUUUUUUUAUAGAAAUUUGAAUUCCUUAAUCUGGUGCUUAUUAAAAUUUAGAUAGUCACUUGGAUACAAGUCUAUACUUCUAUAGAGUGUAGACACUAUUUAGGUUAUACUAAUACUACUGUCUAGUGAAAAUACUGAAAGAUUACAAUGGAAUCACCAAGUAUUAAAGCCAAAAAUGAAAUCGAAGUGGAAUUCAUUAAUGAUCAACUAGUUACUUUUUUAAUAGACGAUAUAUCACAAAAAAGUCAUUCAAUCAGAAAAAAAAAACCUAUUGAAGUCACCGAACAUAACUCUGAAGUUUCAAUAAAAAGUAAAAGAACAAAUAAACUAUUAGAUGAAAAUAUUCAUGAUGAAGAAUUAAGUGAAAGUGAAUCAGAAGUAACACUGAAACCGAAAGUGUACAAUAUUCAUUCUAAAGGUUUCUCUGAUGAUGAAAUUGAARUUGAAUCAAAAAAUUCAAUUAAAAAAACACCUAGAACAGCUACAUCAUUUAAAUCUGAAGUCAUAAAUGAAGUAUCAGACGAUGACUCCCCAAGAGUAACUGAUAGUAAAUUUGGUUAUGAAACACCUAAAAAAAUGAAAAAAUUACAUUCUAUGAAAAGUUCUGAACAUAUAUUAACCAAAACACCUAGAACGGUCCGAAAACAGAUUGCAAAAGGAAUAGCACAUCAAAAAUGCGAACAACUUAAUGAAUUAAACGAUUCAGAUUACAGUAUCAGUGAUUCUAGUGACAGUGAUUCUAGUAUUCAUACUAAUCUUAAAACUGUUCAGCCAGAGAACACACACACUUCUUUAAGAAGAUCUACUAGACAGAAAGAAGUUCCGUUUAUAUAUAAAUCAGAUGAAUAUUUUUUAUCCAAGUCUGCUAAAUCAGUGAAAAAGUCUAAGACAUCAGACAAUACAUUGAAACUGUUGAAAAACCCUGUUUUAGACAAAGAACAGGUUGAUCAACUAUCCGAAAAUUCUUAUACUAAACAUGAUAUUAAGUUAAACUCGAUGUACAAAAAUAUUGUGUCAAAUUUUCCAUAUUGGAUGUCUUUACUAAGGGAAGGUUUUAAUUUACUACUUUAUGGAUUGGGUUCCAAAAGACAAAUUAUUAAUGAUUUUAGAAUGUCUGUAUUAGCGGAAGAGUCUGUUUUAGUGAUUAAUGGAUUUUUUCCUGGGCUGACAAUGAAAGAAAUACUAGAAUCUAUAACAAUUGAUUUAUUAGAUCUUGAAAGUUGUCCAGGAAGUGCUGAACUCGCAAUUCAGCUAAUAGAAGAAAAACAAAAAUUAAAGACUUCUGAACAUAUCUAUAUUCUUAUAAACAAUUUGGAUGGUGUUGAAUUGCAAAACUACAAAGCUCAGCACGUACUUUCAAGGAUUUGUUCGUUAAAAAGAGUACAUUUAAUAGCUUCAAUUGAUAGAGUGAAUUCUGCUCUAAUGUUUGAUAAUACAAAACUUGGGGAUUACAAUUUUCUUUGGAUGGACUGCACCAAUUUUUCGCCAUAUACAGUUGAAACUAAUUUUAUACAAUCCCUAAUGGUUAAAAACAUUGGAACACAACAUUCAUUUUCAGGAUUGAAUAAUGUUUUCAAAUCUCUUCCAUCCAACGCUAAGAGUAUCUUAUUAUUACUAAUUAAAAAUCGUAUUGAAAACAAAAAUGAUAAAAAAUAUGGAGGUGUUCCAUUCUCAACCUUGUAUCGUUGGUGUCGUCAACGGUUUUUAGUUAGUACAGAUCUAGCGUUGAGAAGUCAGUUAACUGAAUUUGUUGAUCACGAAUUAGUAAAAUGGAAACGUGAUGCUGAUGUGCUCUAUGUUCCUGUUGAUGUAGAUGUACUUACUCAGUUUUAUAAGCUAAAUGAAGAAGAUGAUGAAUAAAUUCAAUGUUUGGUAUAAUUUUUUUUUAAUUCCAAAUAAAAUAUUGUUUAAUAUUUAAAAUAAUAUAAUAUACAACAUACAAU